CUGAUUGGUUGCUCAUCCAGUCUGUUUGAGUAAGUGAGAGGCCAGGAAGGGCGGCGCACCGAGCCCGCUGCAAGGAAGAGCAGCGGCCCGAAGCUAGCGGAGGCUGCAAUAGAGGCGCGGGGGAGCGAGAUCCCCGUGGUAGCCGCGACUGUCCACUUGUCCCUGGCGGCCCCCGCGGGCAUGGAAGGAAGAGAGGUUGCAGGAGGCGACUGCUUGCCAAGCUGGAUCUGAGCAAGCUCUCGCUCGCCCUCCAGCAGCCUGGGAUGGCAGCCCGAAAGAACCACCACCCGACCCGGGAGAGGUACCAGCUUCCUCCUGCAGCAGGAAACCAUAAAGUUCAGCCCUGGACAGCAGUGACAAAUCAAGCUUUAGAUGUUGCAUGGAGAACUGUAAAAGGACCAGUGAGGUUGGGUAUAUCAUUUCUUGCUGCCACUCUCUGCUAUUUCAGCAGCCUAUAUUUAUAUUUAGGACAUCGUUUAAAAUGGUGGAGUGGAUACCUGCAGAGAAAAUUCAAAAAGAACCUCAGUGUGGAGGCAGAAGUUGAUCUCCUUGGUUAUUGUGCAAGAGAAUGGAAAGGAGAAACAAGUCGAGCCAAGCUGAUGAGGAAGGCUUAUGAGGAACUCUUUUGUCAUCAUCAUGUUAAAUGCAUUCGCCAAGUCAAAGGAGAUAACUAUGAUGCAUUAAGAUCAGUCCUAUUUCAGAUAUUCAGCCAAGGCCUCUCACUUCCAUCUUGGAUGAAAGAAAAAGAUAUUGUAAAGCUUCCUGAAAAGCUUCUCUUUUCUCAAGGAUGUAAUUGGAUUCAACAAUAUAGCUUUGGCCCUGAGAAAUAUACAGGUCCAAAUGUGUUUGGGAAAUUACGUAAAUGUGUGGAAAUAUUAAAGACUCAGUGGACAGAGUUUAGUGGUAUUAAGGACCAGCACAAGAGAGGGAACAUGUGUAACAGCCUUUUUUCUGAUGAGAGUCUGGAAUAUAAGCUUUAUGAAGCUUUAAAAUUCAUCAUGUUAUAUCAAGUCAUCGAAGUAUAUGAACAAGUGAAGAGUGAAAAGGCCAUUCCUGGUCCUUAUCGCCUCCUGUUUUCCAGGGAAACGUCCUCCGAUCCUUUAAGUUUCAUGAUGAAUCACCUGAAUUUUAUAGGUGAUACAUGUGGAUUACAACAGAUUGACAUGUUGAUUCUUGGACACUCUCUGAAAGUCAAGAUAAAAGUAUUUAGACUGUCUAAAUUUAAUACCAAGGACUUUCAAGUCUACUAUCCAGAGGAACGCCACAGGGAAUGGCCUGAGAUCUGCCUUCUGACUGAAAAUGACCGCCACUACCAUAUUCCUGUCUUUCAAGUGUAAGAUGGAAUUGGUACUAUUGCCUACAAUAGCAAUGAACAUGCUUAAAAUAAAUUAUUGCAUGAAAACCAAAGCUUUUAUCUGACUACUGAAGGAACUGAACCUUUUUUCCGUCUUCUGGAGUUAUAGGCCUGCUGUGAUGGAAUAAGGCCCUUGUUGUUCUUUCGGGUAUGUGGUUUCUUCAAAAAUGACUGAGAAUUGAGAUUUAUCUGUUUGUUUUUAUCUAGUUCAUGAUGGAUUUGGUUGUUUAAAAUAUCUUUGAAUGGCACAGAAGGUUAACAAAAAUGUACCUAUAGUUAAUCUAGAAAAACUGGCCUUUUCAAAGUCUAUAACCUUGAAGUUAUUGGGAUAUUGUUAUUCCUAAAGUAAGCAAAAUAAAAUACCUAUUCAGGAAUCUUUCCAUAUGCUGAUUAUGGGUUGAUAAGGCCUUAGCAUGAACAUCAUCACCUCCAUCCAUCAAGAAGCUUCAUGGUACUUUGGUUUUCUAGAGCCACCUGCUUGACUUUUUAAAAGGAAAAAAAAAGAGUAAACAAAUGGGGAAACUACUUUUAUGCUAUGUUGUAUGAAUUGUUUUAGGUGAUUUUCAACUUUUGUGGCUAGUUCUGAUUGGUUUAAUAUUAUGUGUGCAAAAAUGAAUGUUCCUAUUAAAUAUUCCAUAGUUUAAAGCAAACAGGAUACAAAUACUGUACUGUUCCUGAAAUGUCAGGCUGUUUCAAGCUUUUAUGCAUCGUAUGCAUUUUUAAUAUGGAAUUACAUGCUCUCUGAUGUUUCUCUUUGUAUUUAAUGCUAUUUUCAAUGACAGCAUUUUUCUCUGUCAUCUAUAUCAAAUGUCAUCAAUGUUACAUUCAAAGAAAUGUAAAUUUGUAAAGUUAAAGUUUCUUACCAAAUAUUUGCUACUUCAAAGUUGUUUAGUUAAGGGUAGGCAUAAGGACUCAGUCAAUUUAUUCCUUCUAAGAUACAGUAAGGAAUAGCUACUAUGAGAUGUGAGGAAAAGGGUAUAUUAACAAGUGCUAUGGUUCAUAAAAAUCAUUCCUAGGCUUUAAAAAUUCUUCAUAUGAUAUUUUUAUAAAUUAAGACUCAUGAGAAAUAUCUCAUAAGUUUUUGUCUCCAAUUGUACUUCAUUUGUUUACUAGCUUGGCAAUAGAGAAUUGAGGUCAAGAGGAUUUGUAUUCUUUGUAUUCUGUAUAAUCUAGCUCGAUACAUGGAAUCCAUGGGAUUUGCUUCUAUUUUAUAUUAAUUAUGUGAUCUCUAAGGCCCCCUCCAUCACUGAAAUUCAGUGAUUCUAACUAAUAAAUUUUUAAGUGCUUCCUGUUGGAAAACAGCAAUUUUGACGUAGGUACUACUGUGAUGUAAUUGGCUGAAUUCCUAUACUAAACCCUUAAGAAAUUGGCUGAGACAGUGAUUCAUUGACAGCUCUCUGGUAUAUCCACUUGGCAACACUACUAAUUGCUAGAAAGGAAUGGCCACAUUCUGUUGAUGUUUUAAAACCAGGAUUUCAAAAUUCCUAAGUUACUCCUUAGCUUAGACAGUCCUUACUUUCAUCAGUGAUUGCAGCAUCUACAUACUACUGAAAAGGCAAAACCUUAUCACAGAGAUCAGCAUAUCUUAUUCUAAAUGAGGCACCGAAAAUGGAUUUUAUUGGUAUAGCAUCAGGGAAUUGCUUCUGGGUCCACAGGGACCCAGGUGCUCUCUGUCGCCUAGGAGCCCAUCUGCUCUAAAGCCAAGCACAAGCACUGAACUCUAUUCAGCUUUAGGUGAGUCUGACCUCUAAUCCUAAGGGAGUUAUGCUCUCUUUUUUUCUAACUACUUAACUCUGUACCAUAGUGCCCUGGGGAUAAAGUGUAGAAAGCUUAAGUUUAGGCUAACGUCUAGGAUUUUUCCAAAAGAGGGAGUUUAAAGGGUACUAAAUGUAUAAUAUGAAUCAGAAUAGGAUAAGUAUUUAUUUUCUCUACACAAAAGGAAUGCUAACACAAGAUACUCACCAAUGUAUAUUUGACAAGACAAAUUUAAACCAGAAUUCAGUCAUUAAUUUUAACAGUAUUAUAAUCUGCUGGAAUGGUGGCAUUUUUCAGUUUAUCAGAACAUAAAGAAGUUUUCAGGAUUGAUGAUUAAGCAUUUUACAUUUCACUCACCUCUGCAGGGUACAAAUAAUUCCCCAGUGCAGGCUUUAACCAAUAUUCACAUUUGCAUGGUCAUUUUCUGACAUCAGUCAGCUCUGCUUCCUGGACCAAGCAAGCAUCUCCAGACCUCAGGAAUUGACAAGGUCACCUGUAAACCUGAGUAUAUUCACAUCAAGGCUGAUAGUCUAUCAUCUGCUCAGGAAAGGAAACACAAAUUAGAAAAGGGAGAGAGGGAAAUGGAUAUAAAUUCCUAUAGCCUAGCCCACAUUUCACAUGGUAGUGGUAGGGUGUUAGAGUGAACACUGCAUUUCUUUCCCUUUACCCCACCACAGAGAAUAUGGAGACAAAAGCUUACUACUUGCCAUAAAGAAUAUGUGAUGCAAAACAUAUUAAACUAGAAACUGUCUCUGUUUCAAAUUGAUUUAGCACUCAUUCCCCCUGCCAUGGUCCUAGGGUAAAAAAAGGACCAAGGGACAUCCAACUAAAAUACCACCUGAUUAGAAAAAACCCAUAAGUCUCCAGCUGACUGACUAGAACCAGGAAAGGCAACUCUAAGCAUACUCCAUAGAUUAGCUCCUAGGAUUGUGGAAUGGAGUAAACCUGGCAAAACUGAAAAUAUACCCCACUGUCUCUCCUUUCCUCCCCUGUGUAUCUAUUCCCUGGAUAUUCAGGAUGUCAAGAGUAAAAAUCCUGGAAGAACAUUCCCCUCUACUAAUAGAACCUGUCAGAUAGAUUCUGUAACUGGGCACCAUUAAUUGUCACUUUCUUUUGUGUUUGCAUCUAAGUUGCCAUCUUGGCCACUACACCUUUUACAUUCAUUCAUGGGGAGAACCACUACUGAUGCUACACAUCCUCCUAGACAUGGCCCUGGAGGCAAUGAAUACAUUGAAGACUUGUUUGGCAUUUUCCAUCCCUCUUUGGCCUCAGUUUCCUUAUCUGUAAAAUGUAGGAGUUAGACUUGAUGAUUUCCAAAAUGUUUUCCAUCUCUAAAUUUUUGAUCCUAAUAUUUUGGCUCAUAUUUGGAUUUGGAGAGACAAUCUUGAGAUGGAAUUGAGGGGGUGGCAUCCAAGGGUUCUGAAAGUUUGAAAUAUCAGGUACUAACUAAAUGACCUAUUAUGUGGUUGAAUAUAUUUGGGAAAGCCAAAACAUCAAAAAUUAAAGUCUUGUCUUUGAUAUGUAAUUAAUAAACCCAGUUAACUAGAUUUAGUUAAUGAGGAAUGAUUUGUUAACUCUGUUGCAACUGAAUAUGAAUUAGGGGAAAACUUCAACCUUCUGUAUAAUGACAUCUGAAUGUCUUUCACACUUGUUUUAAGAGUAUAUAAGAUUUUAUAUAUAAAAUAUAAAGCUAUCUUUAAUCUUGGGCUUGCAUAUUCUUAUAUGGGUAAGAAUUUCUGUGAAUACAAAUUCAAUAGAUUCUUUCUGCUCCAGGGCAUGUUUAAUUUUCUAAUUAGUAUCCAGAUUCAUUUUAUCAUCCACACUCUAUGAAUUCACUACUUAUAAUAUGGAUGUAGCCUUCUUUGAGCUACAACAUGACAAAAAGUUAGACAAAAAAAAUUGGCUGGAGAGAUAACAUGGCAUUGUUGAUAUGACUAAAAAACCUGGGUUCACAUCCCACCUCUGAUUCUUUUUUUUAAAAAAACCCUUACCUCCUGUCUUGGAAUCAAUACUGUGUAUUGGUUCCAAGGCAAGAAGAGUGGUAAGGGCUAGGCAAUGGGGGUUAAGUGACUUGCCCAGGGUCACAUAGCAUAGUGUCUGAGGAACCUAGGACCUCCCAUCUCUAGGCCUGGCUUUCAAUCCACUGAGCCACCCAGCUGUCCUCUCAUUUAAUCUUUUAGUUUCAGUUUGCUCAUCUGUGAAAUGGGAAUAAUAAUGCUUUUGCUAUCUAGCUCAUAGAGUUAUGAGGUUCAAAUGAGACAUCUGUAAAGUAUUUAAGAAAUCUUAAAGUACUAUAAUAAAUGUCAGUUAUUAUUAAUAAUAUCUAAUUCCAAUUCCAAAAGCCAGUCAACAUGGCCUCUUACAUCCUCUGCCACCUAACACUCCACUUGGCUAAUUCAGAUUAAGACUGAUAUUCUUGAACCAAAUCAAAUCCCCAAACCCAUGCCUCUUGCACAGUGUCAGAUGCCUGAAUUGGACUUCUAGGUAUUUUUAUGGAGUGGAUGAAAGAUUCUGCAUCCUAUCCUAGGCCAGACCUUUGCUUUCCUACACUACACUAGAGUAGUAGGAUUAAAGGCAACAUGAUAUAGGUCAGGAAAGGACAAAGGCUGCACAGUCUCUUCUUUGUUUCUGUCCCUGUCAGUUCCAACAUUUUACUUUCUAAUAAAUUGGCUCAGUUGAUCAAAGAGCGUCAUUUCUGCUCUUGAGCCCUAGAAGCUAAUAUAUUUUUAAAAAGAAGUUUGUGUUGCUUGGUACCAAGUUGUAGAGAUGUGCUUACUAGGAAUACUUUCAUAACAGGUUAGAUAGUGAGUGAUUCCCUUAUGCUAAGUGUUAUAAUGGAUAGAGCCGUGGACCUGGAAUCAGGAAGAUCUAAACCAGAGGUUCUCAACCUUUCUAAUGCUGUGACCCCACAAUACAAUUCCUCAUGUUGCAAUGACCCCAAACCAAAAAAUUAUUUUGGUGGCUACUUCAAAACUGUAAUUUUGCUAUAGUUAUGAUUCAGAAUGUAAAUACCUGAUAUGCAUUAUGUAUUCUCAUUGCUACAAAUCAAACAUAAAACAAUAUUUAAUUAUAUGUUGAGAAAUAUUAAUCCAGCAGGAGGCAGCCUGAGCCCUGGGGCGGGAGAGGUAAGUCCUGCCUGGGGAGGGGUCCGCAGAUGCUGCCUUCUUCCUGUCAUCUCCCUCCAGCUCGAGCUGAGGUUUCACUUUGCUGGGGUUACUCGGCUCCGUUAUCCGCUCCAGGACUCGUUCUUAACCCCUCCAGAGCCAGCGCCUGGGUGCUCUCUCUGGGUCUCUGUUUGAGUCCAGUCUCUAGGCAACAGGGUAAAUCCAUUGCCCUUCAUAGGGGGAUGGCUGCUGAUAGGUAACUAAUAUUGGUACAAUGUGCGGGCAGCAGGGUCCCCAUUCUUUCCAAGAUCUUGCUGUUAAGUAGCCCGAUUUCUCAGUGGCUACAGCCAUCAGAAAUAUGUAUUUUCCGAUGGUUUUAGGCGACCCCAGUGUUUUGGUCAUUCGACCCCCACCGGGGUCGUGACCCACAUGUUGAGAACCACUGAUCUAGACUCAAAUGGAGCUUCAGACAAUUGUUAAUUACGUUCUUCAUCUGUCUUCCUUGUUUUCCUCAACCAGAAAGUGGGGGUAAUAAUAUUAUCUACCUCACAGAGUUUUUGUGAGGAUCAAAUGAGAGAAUAUUUGUAAAGUCCUUGGCAUAUAGCGAUUAAUACAUUUUUGAUCCCUUCCCCCAUCCCCUUCUUACAUUUAUCAAAUGCCAGAAUUAGGUCUGAAAUACAGAGGACCACAUUCUUUCAACUAUACCAUGUGGUUAUCUUUCUAGGCUGCCAUCUUUAUCACUCUAUAGCACUGAACCUUCUUCCUUCAUCUCUUUUCUUUAGUAUGUUACUAGCCCUGCCUAUCACGAUGCCUACCUUGCAUUAGGCAUUUUUAUAAAUAACUAGUGAUAGAAGGAAACCUCCCUAGUGUGGGAUGCUAGAUUUAGAGCAGGGACCUGAGGAGGCAGAGUCCACCCCCCCCCUCCUUUAUCUUACAAUUAUAGAAGACAGGUGGAGGUUAAGAGACUUGCCACAGUUGCACAGCUAGUAAGUAUCUGAAAUCGGAUUUGAACUGAAGACUCCUUUGCUCCAAGCCAGUUCUCUAUCCAUUGUACCACUUGUUAAAUGUCUUUUUGAGACACCCUUUUAUCAUUUGUUAAAUAUAUUGCUACAAUUAUUGUAUGAUAAAUUAUCCUGGAACCAAAAGAUUUGUAACUUGGUCACAUACACUAAAGAAAAUAUCAUUUUGUGUGUCUUGCAACAUUAAAUGAGGCUUGGAAUGGUUACCUAAAAUUAUUCUUUUAAUUUUUUAAAAUAUCUGCUAUAAAUAAGGGGUUAGGUGGCACAUACGGUGCCAGGCCUGGAGUCAGAAAUCUUCCUGGGUUCAAAUCUGGUCUCAGAAUUACUAGCUAUGUGACCCUGGGCAAGUCAUUUAACCCUAUUUGCCUCAGUUUCUCAUCUGUAAAAUGAGUUGAACAAGCCACUCCAGCAUCUUUGCCAAGAAAAUCUUAAAUGGCACCACCAAGAGUCGGACAUGAUGGAAAAAUGAAUUGAGCAACAAUAUAAAUAAACAUCCAUCCUGAUCCUUAUAUCGAAAGGGCUAUAAAAGCCAUUAAAGUACAGAUAAUCUUUUAUUUACAACAGUGAUGUGCUCUUGAGAAGCAUGUUGUAAUUUGAAACUUAAAAAUAUAUUUCCAGUGAAAUAAAAAGAAUUUAUCACUAUCUA